GAGGGAGGAUGGAGAGAGACCGAGGGAGGAUGGAGAGAGACGGAGGGAGGAAGACAGAAAGAUACGGAGGGAUGAAGACGGAGGACAGAAGUUGGGGAAGAGGAAAGCUGAGGAAGACGAAGACUCGCCCAACAAGAAGCUUCAGACGAUGGACCACAGUGUGAAGGUGGCGACUCACUACAACAGUCUGCAGGAAGUCGGUCUGGCAGCGAGAAGUCGAAGCAGAAUCUUCUUCAUGAGGAACUUCAACAACUGGCUGAAGAGUGUCCUGAUCGGUGAGAUCCUGGAGCAGGUGAGGGGGGCGGGGCCUCAGCAGGUGUCUGUGUUGGACCUCGGCUGUGGGAAAGGAGGAGACCUGCUGAAGUGGAGGAGAGGAGGAAUCAACCACCUGGUCUGUGCAGAUAUCGCCGGAGUCUCGGUGGAGCAGUGUCAGAGUCGCUACGAAGACAUGAAGAAGAAAAGUCACGCAAACGAGAAAAUCUUUAGCGCUCAGUUUAUCAACGCAGACUGCACCAAGGAGGUUUUGGCGGAGAAGCUGGCCGACCCCGACCAGAUGUUUGACAUCUGCAGCUGCCAGUUUGUUUACCAUUACUCGUUUGAGAGCGAGCAGAAGGCCGACAUGAUGCUGAGAAACGCCUGCGAGCGUCUGAAACCCGGAGGCUUCUUCAUCGGGACGACGCCGGACGCCUUCGAGCUCGUUAAACGUCUGGAGGCGUCCGAGUCUCUGUCGUUUGGUAACGAGGUCUUUAAGGUGUCCUUCCAGUCCAAAGGUUUCUACCCUCUGUUUGGAUGUCAGUAUCACUUCAGCCUGGAGGACGUGGUUAAUGUCCCAGAGUCCCUCGUCUACUUCCCUCUUUUUGAACACAUGGCGAAGCGUUACAACAUGCGUCUGGUGUUGAAGCAGAGAUUCUCUGAGUUCUUUGAAGAGAAGGUGAAGAAGGAGCAGCAUCGCAGCCUCAUGAUGAAGAUGAUGGCUCUGGAGCCGUUUCCCGGCGAGGACGGUGGUCGCCAGGCAACCGACAGCACAGCUGAGUACAGCCAUGCUAAAGAGCACAGCGGCAGAGCCGGAGUCAAACUACCACUGGGAACUCUGAGCCGAUCUGAGUGGGAAGCAGCCAGUAUCUACCUGGUGUUCAUCUUUCAGAAGAUAUCCUGAUGAUAAACCCUUCUUCUACAUUAUGUUUGUACAAUGUUAACUUUUUUCUUUUCAAGUCAUUUUUUGAUAAAAAUGUGUUGGUUUGUUGUCA